AUGCAAACUUGAAAAGAGCGUUUUUAUACGAACAAUGAAGGUUCAACUUCCACUCCUCGCAUUUCUUCCAAUAAUCGCUAAAACCCUAACUUCGAUACUCUGUUUUCCUGCGCCCGGAGGUGGAGGCCGUGAUCAACUCGGGCCUCGAAAAGGCUUCGAAUACCAUGGAUUCAUACGAGUUGGUUCAUACAGAGGACGCUGUGCAAGCGUUAAUGGAUUAUCUGGUUGAACCUGUUUUACCAGUAAAGUCAUCUGGUCGUCAUCCUCCAUCUAUCGCUCUGCAAGAGCAAGUCGCAAAACAGUUUCAUCUUCAAAUGCAGAAGAAUGCUUUGACUGUAGUUCAUGAAUCAUAUGAGUUGCUUCAGAUGCAUGCAGUGGUAUUGCUUUACAACUACUACCACAGGAAACAAUUUCCACAGCUUGAGUUUCUAGAUUUUGCAUCUUUCUGCAAAGUGGCUGUAAAUGCCAAACCAAAUUUGUUGGCACAUAUGAAAUUCAUGCAAGGAGGCAAUGCUGACACAGCUAACCUUGAUGAACACCUUUCAAUCACUGAGAAAGCGAUUAUGGAUGCAUGUAAUAUUUGUCUAUGGUUAGAUGCAUCCAAAGAUGUUCCAAGCAUAGAGGGAUGGCCAAUCACUGAGGUCUCUGUUUUACUUAUUGAUUCUGCAAAGAAGAACUGUUCACUGAUGUUUAGUUCCAAAACUCAGGGGACCUGGUCACUGAUAGAGAAAGAAUAUGACAAUACAAAUCCUAAAUCUGAAGGUAUGCUUGGUGGAAAAAGUACAAACAAACAUAAGACAGUCACUAAGGGCUUUGAUGAAGCUAGCUUUCAGCAAGUUGCAUUCUUAGCGGUUAAGGAAAUCACAGGAAUUAACAGGGAAGAUCUUGCAAUUUUGGGAAGUUGUGAUGUGUAUUCCUUAAGCAAAAAGAAGACAGCUACUCGGUUUUAUUUAAUGCAGUGUACUAAGUUGGUUAAUGAGGAUGUCAUUAAAGUUCCUAUAAAAGAUGCUAUUGACAGCUUGCAAGGUCCCUUGGUAAAGUGGAGUUUUGGUAAUUGUUCAAUAACUCCAUCUGUUGAAUAUUUCCAUUUACUACCCUCUGCUGCAUUUGUAUCAGACUGGAUUUCCAGGGAAGUGUUCCAAGAUGGCUCACAACCUUUGCAGUUGGGAUCACAGAACCUAAAUACGAACACAGAUGCUCCAAGCAGAAAGGCAAUCAAAAUAUCAACUAAAACUUUGAACCAUAAAGAAAAUGUUGAGUAUUGCAGGAGUGGUUCAUCAGAUGCUUUCUGCAGGCCCAACAGUGUAGUUGAGGAAGAUUCUUCUGCUGUUCAUACUCCGAGUGUAGAGAAAAGCAAGAGUGCUGCAGAGGUCCCAUUUGCCCUAAUGGAGAAGAAGUCAUCCUCUACUGAUAGUGAUUUGAAUGCCAAUGGAAGUAGCUUUCUUAAUAAAGAAGGGAUGGUUGCUUCACCAAUCAACCAAUGGGAAAAUGAAACCAAAUGUAUAAAAGAUGCUGCUGCAAAUGGUAUCUGGAACACUGGAUCAUCAAGUCAAAAUGAAACACCCAUAGGAGAACAUCCUCCUCCUGUCCCUUCAACACUGAAUUUUCAUAAUUCUGACAAAGUACAAGUUAUAAUGGCAUCAAAGGGGGAUGAACUGUUACAAACUGCUCUGAAAGUACUUAAGAAGAAACGUGAGGAUCUGUCUCAUCAGCUGCGUAUCCUAGAAGAAGAGAUAGCUCGAUGUGAGAGAAAUAUUCAAACAAUCUCAACAAGUGGUGAAGAUGAUUUACUAUUAAAGAUAGAAUCCAUAUUAGAAGCUUGUAAUGUUGCAUGUUCAAGUGCUGCUAUCCACACUUACCAUUGGACACAUCUAUGUUCAGAGGAACAAUGCAGACCUCGAUCUAUUAAGAGGAAGAAAUUAUCAGAGGCCACUCUCAGCGUACAAGAUCCAUGCCAGGAAUUGGAUGAUAUAUGUUGCAAGAACAACUGGAUAUUACCAAGAUUUAAUAUAUUUCCAUCAAACGGAGGAUUCUGUGCCAAUGUAACAGUACAAGGAAUGGACUUUGAGUGCUCUAGUGGUGGGGAUGUAAGCGCUGAUCCUCGUGAAGCUAGGGAAUCAGCUGCAGCACAAGCAUUGAACAAAUUGCGAACUAUGGCAUGCAACACCAAAUAGUUGGAACAACUAACAACUCAGCCUGCAUUAUUCUUCUCACAGUUGCCUGAUACUUACUAUCCAGGAGAAUCACAUGUUAAAGGACUCCUGGAAAAAAUAUACUCCUAUUACUCUAACCUACCUUGUCCAGCCAUUCACACCUAGAAGCCAUAUGCGGUUCAAAUACCUACUAAUAACCUAUGAGGAUAAAUGACAAAAAUAAAAUGAUAGAAUGUAUUAUGAAUUGUCCCACAAGUUUUGGGAGCGUAGUCCAUGGCCUGUAACCCUUUGGAUUAUAGAACUAUGAGGUACCCAAAUUGCUUCAACCAUGCAGGUCCUCUUUAAAGACAUUAGACAUUAUUAACGUAAUUAUAAGUAGAUAUCUCUAAUUAUUUGCUAAGUUUAUUAAU